AUGAAGUCGCCACAUGCAGGGCCGAUUGCUAAAUUAUUGUUUGUGAUAUUGAAUUUGUGUGUUUCAAUUUAUUUUUGUUUUAGAACACCGUGAAAGUUUGAUUCACUAACUAAAAAUAAGACAGAAUGCCUUGGGAUGAAGGUCACGCGGAGAAUGAUCCACCCACGUGGCAUCGUCACCCUCUCAACAAGUACAUCCGGAAACGUACCGGAGGACCUCUCCCGGGGUACAUGAAACGAUGGGAGUGGCAGGCGGAGGGCCACCAAGGCCUUCAGAGGCUGAACAAUCUCGCUCCGCCAUACAUGGGGUUUCCACCGGCCUCCAUGGCCAACCAUGUGCACUUCACCCACACUGCCACCGAGGAGUGCGAGGGCCAUGAAACUUGUGCCUACUUAAUCAAGGACCUUCAGGAUAAGCACAUGAAGGAACAAGGGGAGCCGGAUAUACGAUACAGUUUCAUGAUCAGUAAGGAUGACCGGAUUUUCGAAGGCAGAGGCUGGGAUGGUAUGUGUAACAUAGCAGAACCUUUCACAACCUUUUACACUGCAUCACUAGAGAUCGCCCUAAUAGGAAACUACUCCAAAUCAAAACCUCCAAAACCAAUGAUAAAGACGUUGAAACGGCUCAUUGAGUGGGGAAUCGUCAACAAGAAGCUUCAUUGCUGUUACGAUAAAACAUAUGAUUACGACCUUCACAAUAUGUAUUUUGGACCCAGUUAUCCAAAAAAUUGCUAGCUGAUCUUUUAUGUGAUACUAUGGUGAAAUAUGCAUGUAAUUU